CGUGCGAACACCUCCUCUCCUCCUCCCCCCUCCCUCCAUCCUCCCUCCUCUCUCCUCCACGAGCCCGAGGAUGAGUAAUCCAACGAGGGAGGGCGAGAGAGGCGGAGAACUAACGGGAGAGAGAGAGGGAGAAAGGGGGGAGCGAGGGAGGAAACCAGCGCAGCAUCAGCAUCAUCAUCAUCAUCAUCAUCAGUGAACGUGCAGAACGAGAGGAUGAAAAUUCAAAACCUUCCAGCUCAUCCUUCACACCGGAGAUGGCUAAUUCCUGGACACAUGCUGGAAACCCAAGGAAGAAGGUGAACUGAUAUUUCUAACUGGAUUAUAAUUCCCACAUUUACUGGAACUGGCUAAUUGCUGGAAAGAAGAGAGGUUAAGAAAAAACAAAACAAAGGAAGAGGGAACGUUUGUAUUUCUCUUUCUAAUAUUCAUUUGUAUAAGGAUCGUAACUGACUAAUCUCUGGAAGAGCUGGACAAGUGGGAGGCAGCAUGCCUCGUUUCAUUGGAUGAUACCUGACUAAUAGCCACAUCUUUUAGAGUGUGGGGACAGACUACAUCCUGAACGGCAUCUGUGCCACUCCUCCACAUGUGGUAUUGCAGAGGCUGGGAUCUGGCUAAUAUCUGGAAUUCUUGAUUCAUAACAGUGCCCUAAGAAACUGGACUCUCCUCUGUAUUGUGGGUCUACACACAGCCUCCCCCGGGACCAGGUUAAUCUCUGGAGCGUGUCUGGCAUGUUUUGCUUCUGCCUGCAGAGUUCGCUGCUGAAGCUCCAGGCGCUGGAGGUGGAGGGGGGCCCCUCGCUGGGUCCGUCCCCAGAGGAGAGCCCCCCUGCCCUGGGCAGCAAGGAGCAGAAGAGCCCCUGCGGCCAGGUGGAGCUCGGAGGGAAGGAGGGGAAGACGCUGGCUGUGUGCCACAGCGUCCCUGCUGAUGAGAACAGCCCGCCAGAGCUGCUGACAGUCCUGACCAGACCUCCGCAGUCUCCAAGACACCAUCCGUUAACUGCCAUCCACCCUGGCCAGCAGCCCCUGACCCCUGACGGAGCGCUGCCCCCGAGCCCUCACCACUCCCCCUACUCCCCCCAGAGGAGCAGCCCCGGAGGUGAGGCAGGAGGAGGGGGAGGAGAUGGAGCAGGUGGAGCUCUCCUCCAGCUGCUAGCAGGCGGUCCCAGCCCUCUGCCCUCCCCCCGCUGCUCCAGCAUCAGCCACAGGUUCAACUCCGACCCCGACACAGCACCAUCACCGCCCUGCAGCCAGCAGUACAUACUGUGUCGGGGUCGGGACAGGCCGGAGGGGUCUGAGGACGAGUGUCCCUCCUCCAUCCCGUUCCUCAGCAGACAGAUUCAGACCUUGAAGAAGAAGGUCCGCAGGUUCGAGGAUCAGUUUGAACAGGAGAUGAACUACAAGCCGUCCCACAACGAUAAAUACUCCAACCCAGAGAUGAUCCGAGUGAUGAGUGAGCUAGCGAAUGCUCGCAAACAGCUCAAAGAGCUGAGACUCAGGCAGUCGGUGUUUGAGUCGAAGGAGCCGGAGGGUCCUGAAAACAACUGCAGGUACAUCUCUGGCCAGCAGGGGGCAUCAGAGCACAAACCCACACAGGAGGAAACGGUGGAGUCUCUGUUCAGACGACUGAGAGAGAAGAGACAAGCUCUGGGACUGCCGGAAAACAUGAAGGAGAUGACUCAGGCUCAGAUGGUGCUGGAGAAGAUCACUCUGCAGAAAUGUCUGCUGUACUUUGAGAGUCUGCACGGCCGGCCGGGAACCAAACGGGAGAGGAACCUGGUGAAGCCUCUAUACGACAGAUACCAGAUGAUCAAACGUUUACUGUGUGCCAGCCCGACCAUCACCACCAUAGAGGAAGAGGACGGUUCUGAUGAAGACUCAAUGAGCUCAAUGACCCCAACAGUCAUCGAACUUCCCGUCCCGCCUCCGUGCAGAGCGGCCCGAGCGGCUGCCGGCGAGGAGGACAGCGACCGAGACAGCGACCCCGCCUUCGUGUCCCCGUUAGACGAGGUGAAAGCUGUCCAUCAGCAGCCUGCACUCACCAUGGCCAACCUGCACGAGGCAUCCAGGUCUCAGCUGCUGCAGUGUCUGCGGGAGACCAGGUCGGAGAAGAAGACGAGGCGUAAAGCUCUGAGAGAGUUUGAGGACCAGUUUUACCGUCAGACUGGAAGAAUCUGCCAGAAAGAGGAUCGAACUCCGAUGAAGGAGGAGUACCAGGAAUACAAACAGCUCAAGGCUAAACUCCGCCUGCUGGAAGUCCUCCUCAGCAAACAGGAAGUCACCAAAAUCAUUUGAGAGGAACCAGAAACUUCCUUCAACCCCAAAACUGUCCAUGUGAUUAUGUGAAAGGAGAAAAGAAGAUCAGAAAGGAAGCACUCCAGAGUAUAGAAACUCAUUUAUGCACCAAAUACACUCCUUUCCAUUACGUUUUUAAGCUAUAUUUGCUGAUUCCGUUUUUUUCUGUUUUAAUUUGUGCACAACGAAAUCCUUGUAGAAGUCGAUAAAUAAAUAUUUUUCUUUAAUUCAUUUUAACUCUCGGAGAGUUAGAUGCUUUGAUUGAUAAACCUGCUAAAUAUGAAGCUACAGCCAGCAGCUGGUUAGAAUAGCAUAAAGACAGGAAAGGUGGAAACAACAAGCCUGUCUGUCCAUGCUAACAUUACAGUUACUGUGCUAAUGUUACGGUAAUACGAAACAUUAAUGCUAGCAUUUACAUAAACAUUUCCAUUUGAAUUUACCAUAACAUGCUAAAUGCUUCAUGCUAACAUGCUAAUGUUAGACCUAUGGCAGUGUUAAUAUAACAUCUUCCGUUCAGACUAGCAUGAAUAAAUGGUUCCAUUUGAAUGUUAAGAUGCUAAAUAUUUCAAAUCCAAUGUUUGCUUAGGCAAAACUUAAUGCAGAGCAAGAAACAUUAUAACAUACUUAACAUGUUAGCAUAUCACAGGUAAUGCUAUUUUAGCAUUCUACCGUUCCACAUACAUAGCUGUGCCUAAUGUUAGCAUGUUAGCAUCACAUAUUUAACAUGCAUUUAAAUGUAUACGUUUAUAACGUAACAAUAACAGACUUCCAGCAACUUCCUCUCCGAACUGAACAUUCGUAUAAACUGUAAAUACUGCAGCAGAGUUUUAUAAAGUUUAAGAAGACAUCAGAUAUUUCUUCAGUGCACACCAGCAUCACACAGUGGAUUUAUUUACCUGCAUGGUCAUGUCUGAAUUAUUUUGUACAACUUUAUUCAUUCCAGUCUGCAGAUAAGGAGGUUUCUGGAGGUGAAACACGUAUUCCUUCCAUCUUGUUUGAUUUAAUGGACCAAAGCGUUUUGUUUGUAUAUGGGACUCAAACUGAAAGCACUUUAAUGUGUCACAGGGGUCAAGACUUUAUAAAUGGCUUCCUUUAAAACAACAUGUAAGAUUUAUAAGGCGCUUCAGAUCUCCACUGAAAUGUGUGUGUAGGCUGUUUGGGACAGAGAUGCAAUGUACAAGUUUAUGAUACCGUAUGUAAAGAUAUUAUUGAAACAUAGACAUGGAUGCACCCAUAUUCAUAUGUUAGCACUUACUGCUGAAAAAGGGAAUUUAUUUUUAUCUAAAGUCUAAUAUUAUGCAAUGUGGUCUGUUUUUACCAGUCAGUGCUGGCGGAAGUGAACACGUAGGAGAACUUACACAUCUGUGUUAAGGGUUUACAUCGUACAUUUGGUGGCUAUAUGUUCGUACGUAGUCUCUGAGGUUACAUCGUAUUGGACAUCAGGGCUACUGCGCCGACAGUACUGUCAGUCCCACCGGGAGUUCAGGGGCCUUUUUUGGGAUUGUUGUAUCCUGACAUGCCUGAUUUCACUGCAAAUUUUCAAAAAAAAAUUGCCAUGCAUGUUGCAAUGUUUAAUGGUUUUUAUUGCUAUGAAACUGCAAAAAUAGUUGCAAUUUUUGUUUUUAUAUAAUUCAUUAAAAUCAAAAGCAACUUGUUCCAGUGAGAAUAAAAUCUCACGCAGUUUGGUGACGUGUGGCUCAGUGUUUCACGCAGGGAACUGCUAUGAUUAGUGAAACAAACAGGAAACUACAUUUGGUAAAAUUUUAACCAUUGAUAUCAAUAGGUAAAACCCUCAACUGCCUAAAACCAAAACCUACGGGGGGACUCAAAUUAAAAUCCUGAACACCAUCCAACCCGACCACCUCCCUGUGACUUUGUUAACCAGAAUAUAGACGGGUUGAGUAAUGGCAACCAGAGACAACGUGAGAAAGCUGAAAAGAUUUGUGUUCCUGCCAUCUGCAGUAAAAUGUGUUGCUGUGUCUCACUGAGAAACAAACAUUUCUGUAAGUCCCACAGUGGUUCAAUCACUUUCAGUGCACGUCAGUGUUGAUUCAUGGAUUCAUGCUGUGAUGGUUAAAAAAUGUCCCUGUUGUUGUGACGUUCUGGUUUGCUCGACAGAUUUCUAUAAAGACAAAUAUAAAAUAAAUAUUUUUGCUAUUUA